AUGAAUGGUCAUAUAAUUCAAAACACUCAUAUAGCAAUAGAUAAAUGGGAAAAAAGAGACUGAUAUAUGUAUGUACAUUUCCUAAUCCAUAUUCACGAUGAUCAUACUGAUGGGUUGACAUCAACAUGGCAGAAGCCAGUCUACUGUUCAGAGCUUAUAGCCCAAUUGUUAGUGGAAAGGUUUGAGGUCAAGAAAGAACUUAUAAAUAUAUUGCCAUUGAACCAGAGCACGAUUGUGCCAAUCUCUCUUUCUCGCAUACAGAACUCUACCUUCACUGUGACCGCUUUUGAUGCCAACCAUUGUCCAGGUUCUAUUAUAUUGUAUUUUGAGGGCAGCUUUGGCAAUGUGCUGUACACCGGCGACUUCAAGCUGUCUGAUGACAUAAUUGAACAGGCAAAGAAACUUUCUGGGCAAGUGGACUUACUCUAUUUAGACAACACAUUCUGUAGCCCUCAUUGUGUUUUCCCGAGCCAAGAUGAUUGCUUUAAUCAGAUUUUAGACAUAAUACAAAAACAUCCCAGCCAUAAUGUUGCUAUUGGUCUUGACAAAACAGGCAAAGAGACUCUACUAGUUCGCUUGGGCGUCCAUUUGAAUGAAACAAUUACAGUUUCAUGUGAAAGAUAUAAAUUGUGUAAUCUACUCUUUAAAACCAAUGUAUUUAUAACUUCUAUGGGUGAGAAAACCUCUAGAUUGACUGUUGUUUCUAAGAGAAAGUUGUACCAAACUUUAAGGGAUUUGAACAAUCAUUCACCAACGAUCGGCAUUAUUCCAACAGCAAUUUUUGCAGGAUCAUUCUUUUCAGGUUGCUCAGAAAAUACGAUGAAGAAUCCCAAUCUGUACAUAGUGCCAUAUUCUGAUCACUGUAGCUACACUGAACUUGUUCAGUUUGUGUAUGCACUCAGACCUAGCAAGGUUGUUCCUAUAGUCACAGGAACUAAAGAUAGAUUUAACAUGUCUUGCUUUGAUGCCUACCUUUCUCAACCACAUGCUGUUAGUGCUAAUGCUACUAAUCAGUUUAGUAGUCAUUCAGAAACACAGAUACUAUUAGGAGGUAUAGGCUAUAAUACAUCAGCCAUAGUGAAGGGGAAAAAGCUCACGCGCAGAAGCAAACCCCCAGCAAAGGGGGUUGUUUAUUGUGAAGACUCUGAACUUUAA